UGCUGUACGGCGAACGUCGCGGCGUGUGCCUCUCUCGCUCGUUCCGUGUGUGUUUGGUUCUGUGUUUUCCUGGUCGUUUCGUUUGACGGGAUGACAGUCGGUGUUUUGACCCGGUUGUGAGUGCCGACAUCGCAUACCGUUUUCGUUCGGUGUUUUGGCCUGAUUGUUUACGCAUAUCGACCGACUGCGAGAUCGUGCGGCGGUUUUGAUGGAAGGCGUCGUCUACUUCAAAGGCGGCCUCUGAAAACAUUUCCAAGAAACGCGUUCCGCCGCCCGACGGGCUGCCAUGUCCGGAUAAAAUUGUCUCACGGAAAAAAUCAGGCUGGCGGGCACGGAACUGUCCGUGGAAAAUGGCGGCGACAAGAGCUGUCUCACGACGUACGUCUUCAAUCCGGUCGACACGUGCACCGGCUCCCCGAGUCCGGAAAAGUUUCCCGUGAAAGUCCAAGAGCCGCAGCUCAAGGUCUCGCCCCGGGACGAUGUCGUUCGCAACGCGGUCGAACGGCACAUGCAUCCCAAUUUCCUCUACGGAAAGAUCCUGCCCGACGGCACCGCCAACUUUCUGGCCGACUACGAGGUGAGCUUUCGCAGCUGCAACUUCGGGGCGACCGAUCACGGCAAGUGCUGCGUUGGCGGACACUUCGGGCGGGACUUGAGUUUCGGUCAUCUGUACACGAUCAGCAAAAGCGACAAGGAGGAGAGGACGUACGAUGAACCGUACACGGGUGAUUUGCCCCGACGGUCGUGGCUCUGUUGUCCCGGGUCACAGCAUCACGUGGAGACUGAUCAGCCGCCGCUUUUGGACUCCGCGAAGAAGUCGCCGUCCACACCUUCCGAAACCAUUACCAAAGCACCUAGUCAUAAUUUCUGUCCUGGAGCAUGUGAGCGAUUACAACAGCAACUGGACGAACAAGCUCAGCGCUACGAGGAACAGCUGACGGAGUUACAUUCGGUUAUUGCUGAACUGACACGGAAAUUACAUCAGCAACGAACGAUGGCAAUUGCCGAAGAGGAUGAAGUGUCAGAGUCAUGUACGAGCGUCCAUGAUGAUUCCGUGACUUGUCCAUUAGAAGUUAGUGAGCUUGAACCAGCAGAGCACGAUUUGUCCGACAUUGAUAACAAAAUACCACUCUCAGAAAGUCCAUUAGAAUUACCAGAACCAAAACUCACAUCCUCCCGGAAUGAAUUGUCGCCAUUUUCCGAAGUCGUAGAACCUUUGAAACAAGAAAUAACAAAUUUAAAAGCACAACUGCAUGAUGCCCACGCCAAACUUGCACAAAUCACCUUGAAUAAAAUCGACGAAAUAGUCGACGAAGAGACCAUCACCGACAGCAAAAACCUGGAAUCUCCUGAGUCACAUAUAGAAAUUGACUGCGAGCCAAAAAUUUAUCAGGAAGAUCGCGUUGACAUAAAAUACAGUAGCAUAGUGCCUAUUCACAGAACGAACGUCAAAAACAACGCGGUCUUCAACAACAUGCCCGUGACCAAAGUAGCUGAAAGGAUUAAGCUAAAGAGAGCCACAGACGGGCACCGGGACGUAAAUCCGAAUGAUUUAUUGAACAGCGAUCUUUCAACGGCCGUAGCAGAACAUAUUGUGGGCGAUAUUUUGAGACAGUGUGACGUACAAGCUGAAAAACAAAGUUUAGACAUCGAGAUCAGAAGGAUUAACGCAAAACUCGAACACGCUCGUUCGCAAAACUCUGUGCUGGCACUUACGCUACAAGAAACGAAAGCUCUUUGUGAUAGAUUGGCAUUGUUGUGUGGUAAAUACGAAUCCAAUGCCAUCGCCCUAAGGCUGGCUCUGGGAGUCACUGACCGAGCCAUCGAGGCAUAUGACGUACUGUUGGCCUUAUUGGAGACUGAAGUAUCGCUGAACAGGGACAAUCCGGAUUCGCAGCAGAACCGGACGGCUGCCGAAACUGUGGCCAAGCAGCUCCUCACACAUCUCGACUCCUACCAGAGCACCGAUGUUUUACUAUCGCCCUGGCAAAAUCACGUUUAUAACAGUCCCACAUCUGAAAAUGAUGAACCUUGGACAACGGAAUGUGAGCUAAGAUUAAGGGAUCAUGUAUCAAGACUGAAGGCUGAAAGAAGUAACAUUCAGGGAACAUAUGUAGUGUUAGAGUCGAUGCAGAUGGAAAAUGUACCAAUUAGGCCAUCAAGUAGCCAAGAAGCCAGAAAAAUGGACUUAGAAAUGGCUGUUCUAUUACAAGAACUGAUGGGUCUAAGAGAGGACAAAGCGGAGCUCCUAUCAAAAUUAUUUGUGUUGGAAAAAGAUAAAAGCGCUGUUGAAUUAAAGUUGAAGUAUGUGGAAGGUCAACAAAAAGCCCAAGCGGCGGCUUUAAAGAAUCUUCAAGGCCAGUUAAAGGAUACAGAAGCUUUGUUGGCGAUAGCAACUCAAAACAAGGAGAGAGGGUAUUCGGAUGCUGAGCAUGCACAAGGUGUGGAGCUGGAACUGAUGCAGGCGUUAGCAAGAGAGGCAAGACUGAAAGUUAGACUGCAAGAACUGGUCACCACGUUAGAACAAGUAACCAAAAAUGCAGAGGCAAGACUUUUGGAAGGUCGCGAAAUUGUACAAGACCUUAAUCAUACAAAUAGUAUACUAGCAGAUACUGUAGAUAGAAAUAAUAAAAAAUAUCAAGCUAAAUUUAAGAAGAUGGAACAUCAGAUGUUAGCGCUGGUAGAAAAGCAUACAGCACAGGUUUCCACUUUGCAGCAUAAAAUAGCAUCAUUAGAAACAACGCAGACUAAUAAUAGUACAGACAGUACAUUAGCUGUUUAAUAUAUGCUUCUGGCCCUUUUAGUUAAUUAUGAUCUCUUACAUGUAGCUUUUACGCAAUGAUAUGUAUACUUUGUGACGAAAGUGACGUCAACUUGUAAUGGAACUCAAAUUACAGGACCUGAGUCGUAUUGCCUUGUGAUUAUAUAAUAGUUUGUUUCUUGCCAGAUAAUUUAAUAUUUUCUUAUGUUAUAACAACCACAAACAUAUUAUUUCAUGUUGUAAUUUUUUUAAAAUUCUGAAAUAGAUUCGUGAUACAAAUGUGUAAUAAUACUGCAAUACUUCUAAUUUAUUGACAUUAGUUAAUGAUGCACCUACCCUGAAAUUAAAUUUUAAAUUGUUUGGCGUGAAAAAAUGGAAGAUAAUGCAUCAAGAAUCAGUAUAAAAUACGGAUUUAAAUAAUGAAAUAGUUAAUAUACUGAUACUGCUCGUUUUUAACUCGAAAUAAUAAUUUACUAUGUGUUAUAAUAUCCGUACUUCUAAUAAUUGUUGAUAUAUUUUAAAAUAUUUGUCAGUGUAUUAACUAGUUUAUAUAAUGUCGCGAAUAAAAUAUGAAAAGUGCUUAAGCUUAUUAUUGUAAAGUGGUAUAGUCUCCCCAAAUUUAGUACAAAGUAAAAUCCUAAGGUCUUGCCAUAAAUUAACUGUAUAUUAUUUGAUAUUAUGAAACAUGAAUAUUAGUAAAUAUUAAAUUAUAAAGUUUGUAUUCUAUUAUGUAUUACUUAUUACAAAUAUUACAAAUAAAUAUGUUUACAAUAUUAAUAAAUG